AUGGCAAAUAGCUCAUUCACUCACUCUGGCCAGACCGAAAAGAAUUCCGUGGAAAGCCAAUCGGGGUCCCAUGGGCACGAUAGCGAGCUGGGUCGUGCUAUCGUCGCUAGAUUCGGAGCUCUGGGACCUUUUAUAUCCAAGCUAUUUGAGCUAGGAAUCGAGGCACGUGGUGUAGAGCGUAUCCCAGAGGAUAUGCGGGAUGAAACUCACGUUUGGAAUAAUAUCUUCAUGUGGUGGUCUGUCAACAUGGUCUUGACUACUAUCUCAAUCGGCAUACUCGCUCAACAACUCUUUACUCUCACCCUAGCUCACGCUGCCGCCACUAUACUUUGCUUCGGAGCCAUAGGAACAGCGCUUACGUCUUUCAUUGCAACAUUAGGCCCGAAAACCGGUUUGCGGACCAUGAUUAUUACCCGAUUUAGUUCUGGAUACAUUGGAGGGAUUGUGUACUCGAUAUUAAACAUACUCACACAAUUGGGGUUCUCAGUGAUAUGUGUGAUCGUAGGUGGCCAAACGCUGGCUUCAAUAAAUCCCGGAACUCUCCCUCUUGUCGCCGGUAUUGUCAUCAUUGGCGUUCUGAGCGUUAUACCAUGCUUUAUAGGUUAUGACAUGAUUCAUGUUUGCGAACGCUACGCUUGGCUCCCACUUACCAUUGUCAUGCUUAUGCUUUGGGGACUUGGAGCACGAGCUGGAUUCAACAUAUCAUCGGAAACAGGCCACGAAGACAGCGGUCGCUCGUUAUCAUCCGACAUACUGAGCUUUGGCGGAAUCGUUUUUGCUGGUUUCACCGGGUGGGCCCCUGUUGCAGCUGACUAUAACUGCCGAAUUCCCGCAGAGACUUCAUCAAGAAAGAUCUUCGUAAUGACGUUCAUUGGCUUGUACCUGCCAAUCUGUUUUGUUGAGCUCCUCGGAGCAGCCUUGACUUCCAUUACCGAUCCUGCAUAUGCAGAUGCACUUGCCAGCGGUAGCACCGGUGGACUUGUGGCGCAGGUCCUAUCGCCUUGGAAAGGAGGAGGGAAAUUCAUUUUGGUGUUGCUGGCUUUAUCGGUUUUAAUGAACAAUAUUAUCAAUACCUAUUCAGCAGGUCUAUCCAUACAAGCUCUAGGACGACCUUUCGCCAUUGUACCACGGUUUUUUUGGACUCUUGUGGCGUUCGUCGCUUAUACCGUAGCAGGAGUGACCGGUCGAGAACACUUUUCUGCCAUUCUUUCAAACUUUUUAAGUAUUCUUGGAUAUUGGACAGCCUGGUUCAUUGUUAUCGUCAUGGAAGAGCAUUUCAUUUUCAGACGCAAAGGCGGGCGCUUAGGAGGAUACAACCUGGAUGAUUACGACACGCCUUCUCGUCUACCCAUUGGAGUGGCAGGUCUUCUAGCUGCGGGUUUUGGCGCCGCUGGUGCGGUAGUAGGUAUGUCGGAGGUGUGGUAUACGGGUCCCAUUGGGAAAAUGGCCGGAUCAGAGUUUGGGGCCGAUCUAGGCUUUGAGCUCGCGUUUGGGUUCUCUGCAAUUACAUAUCCCCCACUUCGUUGGCUUGAAAUCUAUUACACGGAUCCUGAUUUAGUUGCACGACAUAUCUUCAGAGGGUCGCCUUACCACUAUGUUCCAACGGAAGGCGUGGCAAUAACUUUCAUCGUGCUAUUUGGACUCUCUACCAUUAUCCACAUAUGUCAGGGCGUUUACUAUCGCAUGUGGUGGUUGCUGCCGACGGUCUGCCUUUGUGGUCUGCUGGAGGUUCUUGGAUGGUCAGCGAGGCUAUGGUCCAGCUUCAACCCACCCUUUUCUCCUCCCUUUGAAAUGCAAAUUACAUGCACUAUCCUGGGACCAACGCCGUUUCUAGCAGCAAAUUUUGUAGCAUUUGGGAUCAUAAUUCAGCGUUUAGGGACACAAUACAGCCGGCUGAGUCCAAAGUGGUAUACCAUUCUGUUUUGUACUUGCGAUGUCAUCUCCCUUGUCGUUCAAGCGGUAGGAGGAGGAAAGGCCGCCGUUGCGUCCGGAAAUGGCUUAGACCCUACCCCUGGAGGGCACAUAAUGCUUGGGGGUAUUGCGUUUCAGCUUUUGACGAUAUCGAUCUACGCAUUUCUUGCCAUCGAAUUCUAUCUUCGCUACACGCAAAACUGGCCCAUACUGCGUGAUGGUUCACAAGACGCUAAUUUUGUGAGAGAACCAAUAAGCGAGAAGCUUACCCUUAUGAGUGUCGCACUGUUGUUCAGCACCACAUUCCUCUUCAUUAGCAGAGCGGUAUAUCGUACAGUCGAAUUAAGUAACGGAUGGAAUGGCAGAAUAAUCAGCACACAGGUCCUAUUCAAUGUUCUGGACGGAGCCAUGAUAGUGUUGACAAUGUACAGCAUGAACUUUGCACAUCCAGGAUUACUGCUGGGCCGUGGAAGCUCGCUGGAAAAGGAGAUAGCUAAAGCCAAAGAGAAGUCCAAUGAAAGGAUGGAAAAGGGAAAGGCAUGA